AUGGCGCAGCGAGGAGCCCAGAUAAACCAGGACAAACUCUGCUGUUCGAUCUGUUUGGAUCUCCUGAAGGAUCCGGUAACUAUUCCCUGUGGACACAACUACUGUAUGAACUGUAUUCAAAUCCACUGGGAUGAAGAGGAUCGGAAGAACAUCCACAGCUGUCCUCAGUGCAGACAGACAUUUGCACUGAGGCCUGCUCUGGGGAAAAACACCAUGUUGGCGGAAUUAGUGGAGGACCUGAAGAAGACUGGACAAACUGCUCCUGCUAAUCACCGCUAUGCUGGACCUGAAGAUGUGAGCUGUGAUGUCUGCACUGAGAGAAAGCUGAAAGCUGUCAAGUCCUGUCUGCAGUGUCUGGUCUCUUACUGUGAGCAGCACCUCCAGCCUCACUAUGAAUCCCCCGCCUUUAGGAAACACAAGCUGGUGGACCCCUCCCAGAAGCUUCAGGACAAUAUCUGCUCUCGCCACGACACAGUUUCAGCUGCAAAAGAAAUGAGUGAGAAGCAGAGAGAGCUCGAAGUGUGUCAGGAGAAAAUCCAGCAGAGAAUUAAGGACCAAGUUAAACACAUGCGGGUUCUUCAGCAGAAAAUGAAGGCCAUCAGUCAAUCUGCAGAUAAAGCUGUAAGGGACAGUGAGAUGAUCUUCACAGAGCUUAUCUGCCUCCUAGAAAAAAUAAGGUCUGAUGUAAAGAAGCAGAUCAGAUCUAAGCAAAAAAAGGAGGUGAGUCGACUUACAGAGAUUCAAGAGAAGUUGAAGCAGGAGACUGUGUAUCUGCAACAGAAGAAAUCUGAGUUGGAACAACUCUGUCACAUGCAGGAUUACAUCACCUUUCUACAAAAGUAUCCCUCACAGUCAAGCUUGACUUUCAGUGAGAAGCCACCCAGCAUCAGUAUUCACCCUCUGUGUAACUUUGAUGAUGUGACAGCUUCUCUGUCAGAAAUCAGGGAAAAGAUGCAGAACAUACUCAAAGGACAAUGGACCAAGCUAUCAGCAACAGUGACCCUCUCUCCCAUCGCCCUCGGUGCUGACGUCAGUAUUGGUGGUGAACCAGACCACAGCGGCCGCAGAGCCCUUUGA